GAAUAGCGACCUCUUCUCUUUCUUUUGUUUUCUCCCCUCUCUUUGGGGCUGUUGCUGUUGUUGGUUUCAUGAGAGAGAUAUUAGCCUCAUCAGAGCCUUCAUAACACUCACUAUUGCUUCUGCUGCAAAGAAAAGGAGAGAAAGAGACGACAGAGAGAAGAGAAAACGAUGUCUGAGGGCUUUACACCCAGUCGUUCCUACUCUCCUGCUCCUGCAACUCUACAAGAGAAUGCAAGAUAAGUGGGUAGAAGAGGUGGUUCUGAAGCAAAUUAUGAACAUGAAGAGAGAGAUAUGGGAAUAGCAACACCACCACCAAUUCUUCAUCAACUCAUUGAAAAGAGUACAAAUUCUUUUACCACUUCUAUGUCCCGAGAUUACCACCAAACUAUCUUCAGUUUCUCAAAUGGGUUCGAGAGAUCCACGGCCACCGCGACUCAACAAGACCACCAGAACACCCACAUAGCGCACCAGAUCCGAAGAGAUAAUAAAUUGAGAGGCCAAGGAUUAUUCGAGCCGUCUCCACAAACAUUAGUAGGGAUGGAAGAGGAAGAAUCCGGUGGACUCCCGGUGUACGAAACAGCCGGUAUGUUGUCUGAAAUGUUCAAUUUCCCUCCAGCUGGCACCACCGCGGAUGCAGUCCAAUUAUUAGAGUCCAAUUACCGAACCGCGAGGCCGCCUCCACCACCGGCUAAUGAGUGGUACGGUAACAGAAAUAACAGUCAUCGCGACAAUUUAGAUCACCACCACCAUCAUCAUAUAUCGGGGAUUAAUCCGGAUUCAGCAGCGGCUAUGCAUCUGUUCCUCAUGAAUCCACAACCACGAUCACCUUCUCCUCCUCCGCCACCACCACAACCUUCCACUUCCUCUACACUUCACAUGUUGUUACCAAACCCAUCUCCGUAUGUCAUGUCCACGCCCUCACAAUUCACUUGGGUUCCUGAAAACAACAAUUCAACUGAAAAUAUUGGUAGAAUUGUGGAAGGCCAAGGCCAAGGCCUUUCUUUAUCUUUAUCAUCUUCAUUGCAACACUUUGAGGCUGCGAAAGCCGAGGAAUUGAGAAUGGGAGAUGGUGGUGGGUUGUUGUAUUACGAUGACCAAGCUGGUGGAGGGGCAUCUUCUUCUGGUCAACAGCAGCCAAUGAACCACCAGGUUCAUGUCGGGUUCGGGUCUUAUUUAGGGGUGGUGAAUGUGUUGAGGAAUUCAAAGUAUGCUAAAGCCACGCAGGAAUUGUUGGAAGAAUUUUGUAGUGUUGGGAGAGGUCAGUUUAAGAAGAACAAGUUCAGUAAUAAGCAGAACAGCACAAACCCUAAUUCCAAUAAUCCUGGUGGAAAUAGUAGUAGCGGAGGUGGUGGUGGCGGCGGUGGUUCGUCUUUAACAAAGGAUCUCCCUCUCUUAUCUUCCACUGACCGGAUUGAACAUCAGAGAAAGAAAGUCAAACUACUAUCCCUGCUUGAUGAGGUGGAUCGAAGAUACCAACACUAUUGUGAACAAAUGCAAAUGGUGGUGAACUCAUUCGAUCUAGUGAUGGGUUUUGGGGCAGCAGUACCAUACACAGCACUUGCACAAAAGGCAAUGUCAAGACACUUUAGAUGUCUAAAGGAUGCAAUAGCAGCACAAUUGAAGCACAGCUGUGAGUUGUUAGGUGACAAAGAUGGUGCAGCAGGCUCGUCUGGGAUCACAGUCGGUGAGACUCCAAGGCUUAAACUGCUUGAACGAAGCCUCAGACAACAAAGAGCUUUCCAUCAAAUGGGGAUGAUGGAGCAAGAAGCUUGGAGACCUCAACGUGGAUUGCCUGAGCGAUCAGUUAGCAUUUUGCGUGCCUGGCUUUUCGAGCAUUUCCUCCACCCGUAUCCAAGCGAUGCAGAUAAGCAUCUGUUGGCUCGACAGACUGGUCUUUCCAGAAAUCAGGUAUCAAAUUGGUUCAUAAAUGCUCGGGUCAGGUUGUGGAAACCAAUGGUGGAAGACAUGUACCAACAAGAAGCCAAAGAAGAGGAGGAGGAUGGAGGAGGAGGAGGAGAAGGAAGAGAGAAGAGUGGUGGUGGUGGUGGCCUAAAUGCACAAACUCCAACGCCUCCUACAACGACAUCAUCAUCAUCAGCACCAACAAUAUCAACCACCAUGCCAGCAAAUGAAAACGACACUUCACUCAUCGCAAUCAAUACACAGUCUUUCUCGGAAAACCAAGCAAAUAACCCACCACCACCACUACCAUCACCACCACCGUCACAAACCCAUCACCAACAGCUGCCUUUUCCGGACUCAUUUGACCAAUAUCAUGGCCCCACCACUAGUACAUCUGGCAAUGCCGUCUCCACGGCGUUCAUUAGGUUCGGGGCCACUCCUGGUGACGUGUCACUCACUUUAGGGCUACGUCAUGCCGGCAACAUGCCUCCGGACAAGAAUACUACUUCUUCUUCUCCUUUCUCUGUUAGAGACUUUGGUGGCUGUUGAUGGAAAAACAAGGAGAAAAAUUUACUAGCUUUUUUUUUUUUUAAAUUUGAUUAAUAUAUUCUCUAAAAAUUAAUUGUAUUUCAUUAUAUUAAGAAACACAAUAUAUGAUAUGAUAGAUUGUACGUAGCCUUAAGUUAGCUAGCUAGAUAUUGUAUUGGGGUACGUGACUAUUGUAAUUGUAUAGAAGAUUGUUUUUGAAUAUU